AUGUGUGUUGGCGAGACUGGCAUGGGCAAGACAACCCUAAUCGAGUCGCUGUUCAAUAUGCAAUUGGAUUUUCCACCGUGUAAUAAUGAGUUGAAAACUGUGAAUCUGUUGUCGCACACAUAUGAUGUGGUGGAAGGUGGUAUUCGUCUUAAGUUGACGAUUGUAGAGACUGCAGGAUUCGGUGAUCAGCUGGACAAAGAUAAGAGGUUUGCAAUUAGUGGAAGUCUUGUUUUGUUUGCUUCACCGUUUUUUUUGCCGUAA